UUCCGAAUCAACGCUUCUGACAUUCUUCAAACUCUUCUUCUUAUUCUUUCCCUUUUUUUUUUCUCUCAUUUCAAACAAAUACAUACAAGUACAAGAAAAAAAAAAUUACUCGCCGGUCGUCCGGCGACUUCUCCGAUCAAUUUCUCGGUGACUGUACAAAAAGUUAUAUAUUCAUUCAGUUUCUGGAGAGUUUUGUUACGGUGUUGAACUCGUGUAUAUAGAAAUGGAUUUGAUAGAAGGUGUAGGGGAGAGUUCGUCACCGCCGAGGAGUUUUGGGAGCUGUGCAGUGUAUGAUAUUAAAAACGAUGUGUAUAACCGUCUUGUAGAGACUGGAAAUGCUGAGGCGGUUACUAAUCCGGAGCUGCUUCGUGAACAGUUGGAUUCUCACUUUGCUCGCUUGCCUGCUAGUUAUGGGUUGGAUAUUAAUGUGGAUAAAGCGGAAGAUGUGUUGUUGCAUCAGAAGAUUCUUGUUAGAGCAAAAGAACCCGAUAACCGGCCUGUUUAUCAUGUCCGAUUUUUAGAGAAUUAUUGGACUAGAUUCGAUGAUGCAGAGGAUCAGGAUGACUUCAAUGAUUUUCCGAUUUCAAAGGCAGGUGGCAGCUUAAAUGAUGAAGGGAUAAGGAAGGGUAUGAAUGACUUUGAAACUUGCUCUAAGCUUGAGGACCUGAAUUUGGAUGUUAGAAAGAAUUUUAAUGACAAAGAAGAAAUUCUAGCGGAAGAUUCUAGCCGAAGGCAUGAAGUUUCACGUAUUCUAGUCCAUGAAGUUAUCUUUUCCACCAUUGACAAACCCAAGCUUCUUAGUCAGCUCUCUGCUUUACUUUCUGACAUAGGGCUUAAUAUCCGAGAAGCUCAUGUUUUCUCAACAACUGAUGGGUACUCAUUAGAUGUAUUUGUGGUGGAUGGAUGGCCUGUUGAGGAUACAAAGGCUUUGCAUGAAGAAUUGGGGAAAGCGAUUGCCAGAAGUGAGGGAACGUGGUCUGGUUCAUCUCAUUCUAGGUCAGCUGCUGAAAAAGUUAUAGUCGCACGAUUAAAACCUGAGGACUGGGAAAUUGAUAGAAGAUUACUGAAGAUUGGAGAAAGAAUUGCAUCAGGAUCUUGUGGCGAUUUGUAUCGUGGGAUGUAUCUUGGUAUGGAUGUAGCAAUCAAGGUUCUUAGAUCUGAGCAUUUGAAUGACACAUUGGAAGAUGAGUUCGCUCAAGAAAUAGCAAUUUUGAAGCAAGUUCAGCACAGAAAUGUUGUUCGUUUCAUUGGUGCAUGCACAAAUUCGCCUCAUUUGUGUAUUAUUACAGAAUUCAUGCCUGGUGGGAGCUUGUAUGAAUACCUGCAUAAAAACCAUGUUGUAUUAAAGCUCUCGCAAUUGCUAAGCUUUGCAAUUGAUGUCUGCAAAGGAAUGGAGUACUUGCAUCAAAAUUAUAUCAUUCACAGGGAUCUGAAGGCAGCAAAUUUACUUAUGGAUUCAAACAAUGUUGUUAAAGUGGCAGAUUUUGGUGUUGCUCGUUUCCAAAAUAAUGGAGGUGUCAUGACAGCUGAGACUGGAACAUAUAGAUGGAUGGCCCCUGAGAUCAUCAACCAUCAGCCCUACGACCAGAAAGCGGAUGUGUUUAGUUUUGCCAUUGUUCUUUGGGAGCUUUUAACAGCAAAGGUUCCAUAUGAUACCAUGACUCCACUACAAGCUGCACUAGGAGUGAGACAGGGCCUCCGACCUGAGCUUCCAGAAAAUGCACACCCGAGGCUGUUAGACUUGAUGCAGAGAUGUUGGGUGGACAUCCCUAGUGAUAGACCCAGUUUCUCUGAGAUAAAAGUUGAGCUUGAACUACUCUUACAUGAAAUUGAGGAUACCAUAGAGGCAUCAAAAGGGAGCUGAGUGAUGCGCACUUGCAUAUAUUGGACUAACGACACUUCUUACCAGUAACAAUAGAAGAUUUUCUUUUACUUACGCCAUAUACACGGACCUUAACUUUUUUGGUGAGAUAUCUAUGCCACAAGCAUAAGGUAGAGUCCGCUGCUUUUGGCCAUUUUGGAGUUGAGAGUAAAGGUGAUUCAUUUUGUGAUAAC